AUGUUGUAUCAAGAGAAAGAAGAUGCGAUGCUUCGUGACUUGUUCGGCGAGGAUAUGCCUCCGUUGGAAGAGUUGAAGAAUAACGUGGAGUUGUUGAUGGUGAAUAUAGAUCCUGUGUUCGAGGGCUAUCGUCCUGUGCCGCCGAAUGUCAUACAUUUGGGGAGUCUUAAUUGUGCACCGUUGAAGGAUUUGCCUCAAGACUUACAAUCCUGGAUGGACUCAUCAAAGCACGGGGUCAUCUACAUGAGUUUCGGCACGAACACGGAUCCGUCCCUGCUGCCGCCGGAGCGGAUGGCGGUGUUCGUGCGGGUGUUCCGGGCGCUGCCGUACGACGUGCUGUGGAAGUGGAAGGAGCCGCCGGCCGGGCUGCCGGACAAUGUGCGGACGGCCGAGUGGCUGCCGCAGUCGGAUCUGCUGCGCCACAAGAAGCUGGUCCUCUUCAUCACGCAAGCAGGCCUUCAGUCCACAGACGAGGCCAUCCGCGCCGGUGUGCCUCUCCUAGCGUUCCCCAUGCUCGGGGACCAAUGGUUCAACGCUGAGCAAUAUGAGAGGCUUGGGGUGGGACGAAGGCUGGAGCUGGCUUCGCUUACUGAUGAUCAGCUGAAGGAAAAUAUUGAAGAGAUUAUAAAAAACCAAAGUUACCGCACCCGCUCCAAGCUCCUAAGCGAGGAAAUGCUGGACCGUCCAGAAUCAGCCCUGGAGCGCGCGAUCUGGUGGAUCGAGCGCACACUGCGGCGCCGCACGCGCCGGCGCGCUCCCGCCGUGAGCAUCACCUGUCUCACCUUCAUCGAUGGAGACAUUAUAGUCGCCGCGCUUGCGAUGUUCGUUUGUCUAGUAGUAGCCCUUAUAGGGUUGUAUAAGGUGCUUACUAGGAGAGCGAAAGUUAAAACUGCUUAA